CUGCUGGGCGAUACAAUUGGGGUUGAACUGGAAGUUGAGGCACAGGAGAGAAAUGUUGGUCAGUUUAGGGCAGAUAUUCUGUGCAAGGAUACAGUAACAGACAGUUGGGUGCUGAUUGAAAAUCAGCUUGAGCGGACAGAUCACACUCAUCUCGGACAGUUGUUGACCUACGCCGCCGGGUUAGAGGCUGUAACAGUGGUCUGGAUUGCUGAACGUUUUACGGAUGAGCACCGGGCGGCAUUAGACUGGCUCAACGAGAUUACGGCGGAGGAUCUCAGUUUUUUCGGGUUGGAGAUUGAAUUGUGGCGGAUUGGCGAUUCACCGAUGGCACCGAAGUUUAACGUGGUCUCGCACCCCAACGACUGGAAGAAAGGCGUUUCGCCGAAUCCACGGAACGACUUGACUCCCACGCAGCAAUUAUAUCUCGAAUAUUGGACAGGGCUACGAGACCUUCUAGAACAACGCGAUGGGGUAAUCAAGCCUGUGAAACCUUUACCGCGGAACUGGAUGGGGUUUGGUAUUGGUCGUUCAAAAUUCCGGCUUGAUGUUUCCGCUAGCGUCAGAGACAAAUGGAUCUCUGUUAGCCUCACGCUUAGAGGAUCAGAUGCAAAAUCUCACUUCAACGUCUUGAAACAGGACAGGAUAGAUAUUGAAACAGCGAUCGGUGCCGAAUUAGAAUGGGAAGAAAAACCCGAGCAGAAGCGGAGCUACAUAAGUCGUUCUCUGGAGGACACCGAUCUCGAAGAUCGCCAGGACCGGGACAGACAGUGCCAGUGGCUAUGUGAAAAACUCGAAACCUUUCACAAGGUUUUCUCGCCUCGAGUUAAAGAGCUUGAUGUCAACGAUUAUAUCCCUGACGAAAACGAAACUGCUGAAUAG